CGCCCAUCGCGCCCGAGGAAGAAGCCGACUGCAGCCUCUCUCUCCUAUAUAAUAGCCCCGGCCUCGCCAGCCGCCACCUCACCCCAAGAAAAUUCCCCACCACGCGGACGCACCGCUCUCUUUCUCUCUCCCUCUCUCUCUGCCCGUCUCGUGUUCGCGCGCGCGCGUGUGGGGGUGGCAAUGGCGGGGCGGAGCGAGCUGGUGGUGAGCUUCGGGGAGAUGCUGAUAGACUUCGUGCCGACGGUGGCCGGGGUGUCGCUGGCGGAGGCGCCGGCGUUCGUCAAGGCGCCCGGGGGCGCGCCCGCCAACGUCGCCAUCGCGGUGGCGCGGCUCGGCGGCGGGGCCGCGUUCGUGGGGAAGCUGGGCGACGACGAGUUCGGCCGGAUGCUCGCGGCCAUCCUCCGCGACAACGGCGUCGACGACGGCGGCGUCGUGUUCGACGCCGGGGCGCGCACGGCGCUCGCCUUCGUCACGCUCCGCGCCGACGGGGAGCGCGAGUUCAUGUUCUACCGCAACCCCAGCGCCGACAUGCUCCUCACCCACGCCGAGCUCAACGCCGAGCUCAUCAAGAGGGCUGCCGUAUUCCAUUAUGGAUCAAUAAGCUUGAUUGCUGAGCCCUGCCGGUCAGCACAUUUGCGUGCCAUGGAGAUUGCCAAAGAAGCUGGUGCGCUGCUGUCUUAUGACCCGAAUCUUAGGGAGGCAUUGUGGCCGUCCCGUGAGGAGGCUCGCACCCAGAUCUUAAGCAUCUGGGACCAGGCAGACAUUGUCAAGGUCAGUGAGGUCGAGCUUGAGUUCUUGACUGGCAUCGACUCGGUGGAGGAUGAUGUUGUCAUGAAGCUGUGGCGGCCUACCAUGAAGCUCCUCCUUGUUACUCUUGGAGAUCAAGGGUGCAAGUACUAUGCCAGGGAUUUCCGUGGAGCUGUCCCAUCCUACAAGGUACAGCAAGUUGAUACAACAGGUGCAGGUGAUGCGUUUGUUGGUGCUCUGCUCCGAAAAAUUGUCCAAGAUCCAUCAUCAUUGCAAGAUCAGAAGAGGCUUGAGGCAGCAAUUAAAUUUGCCAAUGCAUGUGGAGCAAUCACCACCACAAAGAAAGGGGCAAUCCCAUCACUGCCCUCUGAAGUUGAGGUCUUGCAGCUGAUGGAGAGUGCUUAGAUCAAUCAGUAGCAUUAUGGUUCACUACCUUCCAACUUCUGCAGAUUGUAUUGUAUGCUGAUCUGGAUCCAGGAGCAGGGGUUACUCCAAGAUACCUACCUUUUUGUUGCCCAGCUUCCCUUUCUGAAAGGGGGUUUUGAUUUGGAACUCUAAUUUGAAUAAGCAGAGCCGUUCUAUGCCACAGUGUCUACUAUAUGAUUAAAUAAUCGGUCCUUAACUGUAGUGCAUCAUUCUUUUUAUAACUGAAUCCUUGUUCCUUGCUGUAUGAUCUUCUUUGGGUUUCAUAUGUAUGGUGAUCUUGCCCUGAAGAGUAGUGUUUGCUCCAAAA